AUGUAGCCUAGUGUUCCAUUGCAGAUCCUGCCUGAGGUCAGGCCUCAGGCCUGGCUCUGGAGCCCUGGCAGUUCAAACUAUGAUGAAGUAUUUAGCGCUGGUCUCACCAAGAAAUAUGGCAACUGUGGCGACAGGAGCUGGGGCUGCGUUCUUGUUGGCCAAGACCAUCGUUGCAGGGAUCCAUAGCCCUCCCUACACUCCAGAGCCAAUUACUUUAGCCAAACUUGCCCUAGAGGACCAGACUCAACCUGUGAGUGACUCCGGAGAACUCAGGGGACUCCUGAAAUCCCUCAGCCCAAAGCUAGAUAAUUACUCCAAGAAUAUGAUACUGCACGGCAUCACCCGAAGUGUUUACCUACUGGAUUCAGAGGCAUCUGCCUGUACCUAUGAGGACCUCAAACUGGUGGCCUCAUUCAUGGAUGAUCCAGACGUCAGCAUCAAGAUUCAGGCAUUACAUGCCCUCAAGGCCUUCACCGGUAUCUGGAAGUUUAAAAUUAAACUUCAGGAAUUUGUCCCCAGGAUUCUGGAAGUGAUCACCAACACCUGGGAUAGCGAUGUGCAUGUUGCUGGACUACGGCUGCUGAACGGGCUGCAGUUGCCAGAUCACACGCAUGUGCUGCUGAAAAAACUUAUGCCCUUGUUAAUGGACAUUCUGCAGAUGGGGAGCACCUUGGCCCAGGUGCAGGUCGUAAAGUUCCUUACCAUGCUAGCUGAGAAGGAAGAUCUGCUAUAUGACAUCAUGAAUUGCCAGGUGCACCAGGAUUUCCUGAACCUCUUCCAACCUUCACGGUCUGGAAACUUGCUCUUUGAGUUGCUGGUGUUUGUGGAACGACUUUGUGAGGGCCGCCUGACUCCCCAGUACCAGUCAGUGCACUGGCAGUACAACGAGUUGUCCCUUCACGAAGUCCUCUUUGGAGAACAUUCCCAUCUCGCUGAUAAUCUCCUCUCCCUCAUCAUUCAUCCAGAAGAAGAGGUACAGAUCCAGGCCUGCAGGGUCAUCUUGAAACUCCAGCUAAAUGAGGAUGGGGAAAUUAUUGGCGCCCACAACACUGAUGAUACCUUAGGCAGCUUCCUAGAUGAUGCAGGCAUUGGAAGGCCCUUUGCUGAAUCCACUUUAAUUUCUGAGUGCUGAAUCUUUGCAGAAUUUAAGGCAUAAUUAAAUUAUUUGAAGCAGAACAAUUGAAACUAA